UCUAGAAUUAUUCAAACAAUUUUGAAAACUAUCUAAAGUAACCUAUCAUUUUACUUGAUUCAAAGAAAACAUUUUGUAAAGAAGUCUGUAUAUUUGUAUUAUAAACCAAUGUAAUGUUAUAAUUAAUUUUUAAAAGAAUUUAUCGAGAAUUUAUAUAAGUCGUAUUUAAAUCUUUCCCGAAUCUAUAAACAUAAACAUUUGAGCCUAUAUAAAACGACGCAUCGACGAGUUGGACCCAUCAAUCGCUGAGAGUCACCGAACAAUCCACGUCAUCAAUAAAUCAAAUUUCGUGAGUAAUUUUUUAAAAGUCUUCCAACGUUAAUUGUGCGGAUUGUUAACUAAAAAAUCAUAAAAAGUGAAGUGUAAGAAUAUUCCAUAAUUAUAUUUUUUAUUCGAAUUUCUUAAAGAUCAUGCAAUCGUCAACCAACACCAUAACGGUUUCGAUCAACAUAUCGAAACCGUGGCUUUCGGCGUGCCCAAGAAUGCUUUUGGAGAGUAUCCUACGACGGGCGCUACGGCCAUACAUCGUAGCAGAUAACGAUGUUUCUGUGAAAAUCGCUGGGAUUGAGGCCCAAUUGAUCGAAGGAUAUCACGGUGAAUUUUGGUUUGUACCAAAUAAUUUCCUCAACGAGGAAAACGAUGAUGACGACGUCAUCGUAGUCAACAACGAAGACAGCGACGAAGACGAUGAUGACGACGACAUCGUAGUCAACAACGAAGACGGCAACGACAAUGUCAUCGUAGUCAAUGACGAAGACGAUGAUGACGACGUCAUCGUAGUCAAUAACGAAGACGACGACGAAGGAAUCGUGGUCAACGGUGAAGACAACAACGACGACGUAGUUGUACUCAAUUAAUAAUGUAUUAUCAACUGCGGAUGGCUCGUACCACGAUCGUCAUUAUCAUCAUGAUCAUGAUUAUGAUGAUCAUCAUCAUCGUCAUUCACAGAAUCAUCGAGAAAAAAAUAAAUAUAAAUGUUAUUACAGAGUAAUUUCUAUUACAGAGUAUUUUCUUGAAUAAACGAACGAUUUAUAAUUUCUUACGUUUUCUUUAUUUUCCGCUGACCUGCCUCACUGUGGCUGUUCGAUUGACGAUACGUUUCACAUUCUGACUCAGGAAAUAAUCAUAACUAAAAUAUAUCUAAUUUCGAAACCUGAUAAAAUUCGAAUGUGUUGGAAUUGAAGAAGUAAAAAAUUUUUCUCUCCAAAUUUUUCAAAAAUCCCAUCGUUUUACAGUAAUCUCAAUCAAUGUACUCGAGAUUCCGCUGAAAAAUAUAAAUGAAUAUAUCGAAAAAUCGAGGAGACAAAAUGUUUUAUCUCAACUCGCGACCCAGUUGAAAAAUCAAGCGAUUCAAAAUACCAACGUUUUUCCAAAACGAUGUAGCACCCGUAAUAAAAGUCGUAGAGACUUUUCAAAUACACCAAAGUAAAGCUAAAUGCCUUCUCCUCAAAAUACGCCUUGUUGCAUUGAAAUAUCUAAACCAGCGGCGCAAUAGUACUAAAAAGAAUAUGAGAACUUUAUCGAAAACUUUUCCCCGGUAAUAUAUGAGGCAUUCCAUGCGGUUUCGAACAGUCAAAAAGUUGACUUCUAACAAUUAAAAUUUUGUCAAAUUUCUUAAUUAUAUGAAAAAGAGACGUGUACAUUCUUUCAGAAUUUUUCGAUCCCA